UCAGACUCUUCUUUAAAACACUUAUUUAGUGGCUUUAAAAUCUGAAAGAGAUCAAUAUAUACCCUGAAACAGCCACCAUUCCUAAGAGUUCAAUUAAUUUCAUCGACCGUGGCAUUUGAAGACGUCCCCCUCGGCUCUGGCGGCGCUGCCGUCCCUCGGAUUUGCCGGAUCUCAUCUCGGCAGUGUAUCGCGUGCGCGCACAAAGCCAAACUGCUGGCGGACAUUCCGGAACCGGCGAGCGCACCGCCGGUGCUGGUGCCUACGCCGGUGCAGAGAAUUCAGCCGGAGAGGAUCUCGCCGCCGAGCCGAGUGAUGAUGUCGGCCAAACCGGAGGGAAACGUUCGAGAGGCGUUGGAGGAUAGAGAUCCCAAUAAUCUGAAUCAACAUAUCCAGGUUAUAUGGGACGACAUAGUGGGCGAGCCGGAGGGCGCUCGCAGUCCUGAAUGCGCGUGGCGGCUGAGCCGAGCAUGCUUCCGAAAUGCGCGUGAUAUCUGCUACACCGCACUCGCCGUGUUGCUCGCGCCGCCCUGCGCGCUCUGCCUCGGCUGCGGGUUCGCCUGCCUCGCCUUUGAGCAAAUCUGGUGUACAGCGCCGUGCCUGCGCUGCGUCAAGAUCUACUUCGCGUCUGUUCGCACGAUGGUGCGGUCGUGUAUGGCCGCGUUGGUGGUGCCGCCCAUGGAAGCCAUCGGGCACAUAUGUCGCCACAUCAGAAUCAACCUUCGUCGUGAUGCCCCUGAUGAGCCUGAUCUCCUGGUCGUGUAGACAAUUUAAUAGUCCUGUCUGAAUUAUGAGUAACCUGUGUAAUUGGUCACCCUGUUUUAUAAAUAAUAAAACCUCUUUUUGCCUGUAUAUUAGCGAAUUAAUCCGAACGACUGUUGGUUUUAUGCGUUUUGGUACUCGAGAUUACUUUAUUUGGAAAGUUAUCUUUAAUAACGUAUUAAUGCUGUUGAUGUGUCCCAUAUUCUAAAUGGACUAAAAACGCUUUACUUAUCUAUUAAAAAUACAGUAAAAAGGCAUUUAUAAAUUUUAAAUCAUAUUGUAGCAUGAAUUGUCACAUUUAUAUUGUUUUACCAAAUAUUAUUUUGUAAGUACCUACUAAGUAAAAUAAUGUUAUCAUAAUAAUAUUAUUGUGAUCCAAGUCCUUUCAUCUAAAUUAAAAAUCUUCUGUAGGUGCUAAUUAUACAAAUUAAAAACAAUUAUGGGACCAGAAAAUAGAAUAAUAUGAACAGAAUGUAGAAUGAUAACGGUCAGUAAGCGCAAUAAGUAUGUCCCUCGUCAAAGUAUUUUCGAAAAAAGAAUUUAUAUUUAGUGACUAAAAUAUAGAGAAAAUAAUAAUAUUAUGGAAUCUUAAAAAAUAAUACACAGAUACCAAAAGUGCCUUCACAAGAUUAUUAUAUUAUAUAAUUGACUGUAUUAUAUUACGCAAAAUAAGCACACUAAUUUGUAUCAAUUACCUAUCAUUAGGCACAUAAAGUUGAAUUGUAGAGUGUGGCUGUGUCAUUAGUUUCUUAAUUUAAAUUUCAUUCGAAACUGCCAUGGCAGUGGUAAAUGACAGUGAUAGACGUGUUAAAUAAACUAUCUUCGUU